AUGGAAAAGCGCCCAACAUUAUGGCAAACAAAUAUGGAAAUUCUUAAACCGGGUCAUAGUGACAAUCAGUCGGACGGGAAACUAAAAGGCAAUGCAGCACAUAUUGUCCCGCUGCCUCCGUUGCCACAGUCCACAUUGGAACUGCCACCCCGCUAUGGGAUCACACCACAUCUCACGAAUCUGACACAGGCGCAAAAAGAUCAGCUGGAUCGGAACCGGCCACCAAUUUUAGAAUAUGACAGCUGGGCUAGAAUACCCUAUGCCGCCUAUCAUUUGCCUGUUUCUCCGGUAAAGUUGCACACGGAAUCUUUAUCGCAUGCCACUUACACUGACCCACUUCCGGGUCGAUUGCCACCCCUUAUUUAUAAAUAG